AUGCACGUCAAUGGCAAGGUGGCCCUGGUCACCGGCGGGGCGCAGGGCAUCGGCAGGGCUUUCGUCCAGGCGCUGCUGGGCAAGGGCGCGAAGGUAGCCCUGCUGGACUGCAACUCCGAGGCCGGGCGGGAGAGCAAGGCGGACCUGGACGAGCAGUUUGAAGCGCAGAGGACGGUGUUCAUCCAGUGCGACGUUACGGAUCAGGAGCAGCUGAAAGGUGCUUUCAAAAAAGUAAUUGAACAUUUUGGAAGGCUGGAUAUUGUGGUUAAUAAUGCUGGAGUGAACAAUGAGAAGGACUGGGAAAGCACUAUACAAAUUAACUUGACAUCUGUGAUUAGAGGAACCUACCUCGGCCUAGAAUACAUGAGAAAAGAAAAUGGAGGCGACGGAGGAGUAAUCAUUAAUAUCUCAUCUUUGGCAGGACUCAUGCCUGCUGCAUUCCAACCUGUGUACUGUGCUACAAAGCAUGGUGUAAUUGGAUUCACACGGUCAAUAGCAGUAACUGCUAAUAUGGAAAACUACGGUGUGAGACUCAACACAAUUUGUCCAGGAUUUGUCAACACACCAAUUCUUCAGUCAAUAGAUAAAGAAGAGAAUAUGGGACAAUAUUAUUCAUAUAAGGAUGAGAUCAAAAAUAUGAUGCAGUUCUAUGGUGUGAUGGACCCAUCAAUAAUUGCUGAGGGACUGAUAACAAUAAUUGAAGAUGAUACUCUAAAUGGAGAGGUUAUGAAGAUUACAGCAUCCCAAGGGAUUCAUUUUCAACAAUACAGCCAAACACCAUUUACAUCAAAGAGAUAAAUAAUUGUUUUAUGCUAAUUAUUUUUGGAUUUUCUUAAAUAUAAAAAAUUUUGAAAAGAGUAAUUUUUGGAAAAAAAGGUUAGUGUUCUAUCUCGAGCAGUGACAGUGUUCAAACAUUCACAUCCUAAUAACAAAGAAAUGGACAAGAAAAUCUGGUGUGAGAAGAUGUUACCAUCCUAUUUUGAUUCUAUAAGCACUAAUAAUAGUAUUUAUUCAGUAGAAUAAACACACUGCUCUGAAGAUUUUUGAUUAUAUGCUAAUAAGGGCCAGUUUUUUCCUUCUGGUAGUUCUGAUCUACAUACUCCAUAUGUAUUUCGGUGG